AUGCCCUUUAAUGUUGUGUACGUGCUGCUAUUGGUGAAUGUAGCCAUCGGUGUCGCGCCGGACGGCCCCUGGGUCGACUUCAAUCUCUCUCCGGAGUCGAAGACCAUAUACCCUUCUGGACUCAAAGGAGUUUAUGGAGCCGUCUCAAACGCUCAUAAUCUCAUAGAUGGUGGUGAUGCAACAUUCUCUGCCAAAGAUUCAUACUUCACUCUCGAUUUUGGUCAAGAGGUCGGAGGCCUAAUCUCUUUGAAUGUGGAUACCGCCUCUCCGGAGUCGAGAAUAGCUCUUUCAUUCACUGAAUCACCCCUUUACAUCAGUCCUACGACCUCGGAUGACUCCGCCGUCCAGUGCGCGAACAUGUCUUAUGAUGGGGUACUAGCUCUUCCGAUCCCCCUCACCACCGGUUACUGGACUAUGUCUGCCGAUCGUUUACGAGGUGGUUUCCGCUACCUGACCAUUGUCUCAGGGGCGGACAGCCCAGUCACCAUAUCUAAUGUCUCUUGUUCCAUAACAUUCAUGCCUCAUUGGCAAGACUUGAGGGACUAUGCUGGCUACUUCUAUGCUCUAGAUCCAUAUUCCUCUGAUGAAGACUUCCUCACAAAGAUCUGGUAUUCCGGCGCUUACACGGUGCAAACCGUUACAAUCGCUGUUGAUACCGGCAGGAAGGAUCCGCCUGUACCAGGGUGGGAAAACAACGCGACUGCUGGUAUCGCUAGUCCUAUUAUCGUUGAUGGAGCGAAGCGUGGCCGUGCUGUUUGGUCAGCGGAUCUGGGUCUGGCCGUAUCUACGCAGUUCGUAUCAACAAAUGAUCUUAUACCUACUCGCAAUGCCAUCGCGACCCUGUUCUCGGAGCAGAAUCCGGAAACUGGUCAGCUGCCAUACUCUGGCCCUCCGUUGAGCGAAGAAGGCAGCGACACAUACCAAGCGUGGACUCUGAUUGGGACAUACAACUACCACCUCUAUUCUGGAGACACAGCCUGGCUACAGGAAACAUGGGCCAAUUACACGAAAGCUCUGCAGUACUUGGAGGACAAGGUGGAUAGCACCGGCUUGCUGUACGUCACAGCGACGGGUGAUUGGGGCCGCCUGUGGCAGGGAGGGUACAACUCCGAGGCGAACGCAAUAUUGUACAAGGCAAGUACGCGCCGUCCCGUUUUCAAGGCUUCAACCAUAAUGAACGACACCGCACUCGCAGCAGCAUACGCCGCGAACGCAUCGUCGCUCAAGACCAGAUUUAACGAGGGUUUCUGGUCGCCCACUGAGGGCAUGUAUCGUGACAAUCUAACGUCGAAACUCUACCCGCAGGACGCCAAUUCGUUAGCAGUGUUGUUCAAUCUAACCAUAUUCGCCGAGCAGGCAUCCUCAGUCAGCGCUGGACUGACAAGAUACUGGAACGAGGUCGGUGCGGUAUCUCCGGAACUGCCAGAUAACGUAGCCCCGUUCAUCGGUGCAAUGGAAUUGCAAGCCCACUUUGCAUCGGGCAAUGACGCUCGUGCUAUGGACUUGCUACGAGUUCAAUGGGGGUACAUGCUGUAUACACCUAUCAGUGUGCAAUCGACGCUGCUUGAGGGAUACACAUCCAAUGGUUCACUCUACUACCGAUCCUAUGACGGUUACGAUUACGACGCAUCGUUCAUCAGCCACUCUCAUGGAUGGAGUACGGGGCCUACCUCGGCGCUCACUUUCUAUGUUCUCGGAUUGACCGUCACGUCUCCUCAAGGUCAGACGUGGUCGGUCGCGCCGCAUACCUCUGGGCUUCCAGCUGCGCAGGGUGGCUUCGAAACACCUCUAGGAUGGUUCGGCGUCAUGUGGACAUCGACGACAGGCAACUUCAGUAUUAGCAUUGCUACCCCAGAGGGUACGACUGGUGAAGUGCAGUUACCAUUUAAUGGAACAGUGUCCGUGGACGGCAAUGUACUUGCGCACAACACUUGGGAGAUCAUCACACUCGCCGGAGGAAAUCAUACUCUGGUUGUUCAGACUUCCAAAUGA